GACCUCGACGCCCACGAACAGCCCUCGGACCAAAUGAAGGCCGAAUGGAAACACUUCUCCCGCCUCGACCAGUCCAUCCUCCUCCAAGAAACCCUCGACGACCCCCGUCUACCUCUUUCAGAAAGCGGCUUCAUUCAAACUGGCAGCAUCCCACGGUCCACCAUCUCACAGGCGUAUUCCUACCUGGGGCCUGAAUAUGCGGCUGUGGAUGCGGAUGGCGCUGAUGCCCCUAUUUUACAUCACCCUCUGCUUCCUGGCCUCCUCAUCCUCCCCUCACUCAUCCCCCCCUCCAUCCAAACUCACCUCCUCAACACCAUGAUCCACCGCGAUCUCAGCAACCCCAUCCACCAAACAAACCUCCACCUCCACUACGACCUCCCCUAUCCUUCAUCCUCCUCAUCCUCAUCCCCCAAAUCCUUCUUCUCCCUCUCCCCCGAAUCCCCCCCCUCAUUCAUCCCCAAAGACCCCUCCAUCCACAAACCCCUCACCAUCAAACAAGCCCUCCAGCGCCGCCUCCACUGGGUCACCCUCGGCGGCCAAUACGACUGGACCAACCGCAUCUACCCCGAAGCACCACCGCCCUCCUUCCCCGCCGACCUAUCCAACUUCCUUACCACCUUAUUCCCCGAAACCCUCGCCCAGGCUGCCAUUGUCAACUUCUACACUCCCGGGGACACAAUGAUGAUGCACCGAGACGUCAGCGAAGAGAUAGACAAGGGCCUCGUCAGUCUCAGCUUCGGCUGCGAGUGUCUCUUCAUGAUUGCCCCCAGCCGCGGCGCUCACGAAGACGAAGAAGCAGACGGCCAAGACAAGGACAAGAAAAAGUACCUUUUGCUGAGACUGCGCUCCGGCGACGCCAUCUACAUGACCAACGAAUCCCGCUACGCAUGGCACGGCGUCCCCAAAGUCAUGAAGGGUACAUGUCCGGACUAUCUGGCAGACUGGCCUGCAAGUGGCGAGAAUGGCGAGUUUGACGAGUGGAAGGGGUGGAUGCAGAACAAGAGAAUCAAUCUGAAUGUCAGACAAAUGAGGGAGUAG